CGGUACUUAAAGGAUCCCGGGCACACGCUGAAUCCAGUGAGAAGCCCCACGCGUCCCGGCUGUCGCGCGUCCGUGUCCUACAGAAGGCCUAGUGCUCGAUUUGAGGGACCGAGUACCCCGGGUGUGCAGCAGAUCGCCGCUGCGCUUUGAGAGAUGCCUGGGAGGAAGGCGCGUAAGAGCGCGCAAGCGAACCCUACGCGGGCGCGGGCAGAGCUGGAAGUCCAGUGUGCCGAUCUGCUCAGGAGAAUUGGAGACAAACUGAAUCCCCCCGGGUGCGCGGCCGAGGUCCUUGCGCUGCUGGCCGAGAUGCCUGCGAUGAAGCCGCUCAAGAGCGCGCCGCCGAGCCCGAGCGCGCCGCCAGAGCUGGAAGCUGAGUGUGUUCAACUCAGAAGAAUUGGAGAUAAAGUGAAUAUCCGACAGAAACUUCUGAAUUUGAUUUCCAAACUCUUCAAUUUAAUAACCUGACUGCUCUAAAACUUUUGUGUCAAGGGAUUCCUGAAAAAAGGAAGUAUUCUAGUAGGUACGAAUUUCAGUUAGAGGAGAGACUGACUGCGUUGUAACUGAGAGGAACAUGAAGAAGGAAUAUUCACUUGCUUUUGGUCAGCUUUUGAAAGGGAAUAUGGAAUGAGGGAAAAAUGACUUUCUGCAGGAAGUCUUCCAGAAGUCGUUCUUGGAAUGUGAGAACAUUGUAAAACCACUUUGUUUAAAAACAAGAAGGCAAGUGUCUUGAAAAUAGGGAAGUCAUUAUGAACACAUUCUUUUUUUUGUUUAGAAGCUUUUUCUAGUAUUUUCGUUCAAGUUUGCUGCCUAGUAUAAGAGGAGUUGACAAAUGAUUAGAGCAGGCAGGGAGGAAGAAUGGCUUAGUGUGUUUUGUUUUUUGAUGACAACUGCAGAGCAACGUAGAAUAUUUGGUUUGUACAUAUGCUGGUAAGAAAAAAAAUUCAUUCUGAUAACACUCAAUGUCACAGUGAAUGUUAA